ACGAGUGCGUACUGCGUUUUUAUACUUGCUCUGUGAAUUGUGAUAGGUAUUGAUAUUUUACGUGGUUUUUAAAAAGUUUUCAUAAAAUGCACGCUUUAAGACUUUUAAAAGCUGCGCACGAUGAAGAAGUUUGGCUCAGGCGCCAAAAAAGAUAUGCGUCCAGACGGAGACAAUUGAAGACAAUCGAUGAAAUGCCGGAACAAUUAUUUCAGGAGCGUUUUAGGUUAAGUAAAAAAACUUUUAGCGAGCUUUGUUGCAGCCUACGUAACGAAACAAAAAUACGGGGGACUCAAGAAAUUCCUUUGGAAGUAAAGGUUCUUUGCGCUCUAAGUUUCUUCGCAACGGGAUCCUAUCAGAGAAUUGUGGGUGUCACACAACAUUUGCCACAACGCACAGCAAGUAGAUGCAUUAGGCAAGUUGUGGAGGCACUCAACAGUCCUCCGAUAGUGAAAAAAUGGAUAGUUUUCCCUCAAACACACCAAGAAAGAGCAAGAAUUCGACAAGAAUUUCAAAGGAAAUUUCAAUUACCAGGGGUAACAGGAUGCAUAGGUUGCACUCACAUAUCUAUUGUAAAACCCCACAUUGAUGAACAUAAUUAUUUUAACAGAAAAGGAUACCAUUCCUUAAAUGUGCAAAUGAUAUGUGAUGAUAAUUUAAAGAUUAUCAAUGUCAAUGCGAAAUAUGGUGGAGCCACGCAUGAUUCCUUCAUAUGGUCAUCCAGUGAAGUGGAACCAUACAUGCGUGGACUUCACGAAAAUGGUGAAUUGACGUGGCUAUUAGGUGAUUCUGGAUACCCACAGAGAGCGUGGCUGAUGAUACCAAUUUUAAAUGCCGAACCAGGUUCUCAAGCAGCGGUCUACACUACACGCCAUUUACAGGCACUCAAUUGUAUUGAACGAUGUAUUGGUAUACUGAAGGCUCGUUGGAGAUGCUUGCUGAAGGAUCAUACACUCCAUUACCAUCCUCGUGUUGCCAGUAAGGUAACUAUUGCAUGUUGUGUUCUGCACAAUAUUGCACAGGAUGCUCAAUUACCUCCCCCUAAUAAUAUGGCUGAGCAACAAGAGGAUGGUGAUGAACCGAGUGUGCGGGAUGAACCCAUUUCCAGCAACCAAGAGGAGCUGAUGAGUGGCAGAAUAAUGCAAAAUAUUUUAGUUAAUAGAUUACUUUAAUAGGUUAUUUUUGUCUCUCUAUGGCGUGUAGUAUGUAGCGUGAACUAGCGGUUCCCUAGUCCGACUAACUGGAACAGCACCUGGCACUGGCAGCACUGCACACUCCUGAUUCACUGGAGCAUUAUUUUAUUGACAAAUAAGUUUGGUAAUUAACCAUUGUUUAAUUUUUUAAAACAAAAGUAUGUAAUUUUGGUUAUAAAGACUGAAGUAGUCAUUUAGUUAAUUGUUGAAUUAAGUAUAUUUAUAAAAGCUAGAAGAGUGAAUUACUUACUAAAUAAAGACUAAUUAAAAUUAAGUACAUAAGUGCAGUAUUACUUUUAAACCUAUUCAGUUUGCCUGACCAAGUAGUUUUGUAUAAUAUUUUUUCGCUCCUAAAACCUACCUUUGUUUACCUAAACAGAUUUUAAUAAUGAAACUGCAUUAGUUCUGUGAUACUGCUCAUAUUUUAGUGCAGGUCAUAGGUGAAAAAAUUGAUCAUCGUUACAGCCUCAACCUGUUUUUUUAUAUUUUUAUGUUUGUAAUUUUUAUUAUUGUAUUUUUGGUUCGUAUUUAAAAAGGUGUGUACUGAAUUAAUGGAAUGGAAUAAUUAAGGAAUAAAAUAUACUAUUAUUA